CUUAAAUCCACCACUGAUCUGGAUAACGGAAGUGACGACAUACACUCACCGUGUUUACUAACGGCGGUGAAAUAUUCGUCUUAAAAAUCAAAUUAACUUUAUUAAACAGUUUCCCAGUUUAACACAACGAACAGGAACAAGCCUGUGACUCAUGGCGGACCCCACGGUGUCCUCGAGUAAUGCGCUCAGCGCCGGAGCGCGCGGGAGCAGCACUAAAGCAGCUACCAGCCCCUCAGAGAACUACCAGCUGGCCAGACGUCGCACCCUGCAGGUUGUGGUCAGCGCCCUCCUGACAGAAUGUGGCUUUGAGAGCGCCGAGAAGGCUGCGGUGGAGACUCUCACUGAGAUCAUGCAGAGCUAUUUGACUGAAAUAGGUCGAUGUGCGAAAGCUUACUGUGAGCACACAGCCAGGAGCAUCCCGACCCUGUCAGACGCAGUGGUCACACUCAUUGAAAUGGGUUUCAAUGCUGACACUUUACCUGCGUACGCCAAGAGAUCACAGAGGAUGGUGAUAACUGCGCCUCCUGUGACGAACCCUCCUGUCACUCCCAAAGCUCUGUCAGCUGGACAGAAACGCACACAUCCAGCUUACAUCCCGAGCCACUUCCCAGAGUUCCCUGACCCUCACACCUACAUCAAAACACCCACGUUCAGAGAGCCCGUGUCAGACUACCAGGUGGUGAGAGAGAAGGCGGCGAGUCAGAGGAGAGACGUAGAGCGAGCGCUCACACGCUUCAUGGCCAAGACCGGAGAGACCCAGAGCCUGUUCAAAGACGACAUCACCGCUUUCCCACUAAUUGCAGCUCGACCAUGCACCAUCCCGUAUCUCAGCGCCCUCCUGCCCUCAGAGCUGGAGCUGCAGAGCUUAGAGGAGACGGACUCAUCGGAGCAGGACGACCAGACGGACAGCGAGAACACCGCAGGAAACCUCAUCAGUGACGAUCCAGGAGCAGACAAAGAGAACUCCAUGCUCCCUCCCAGCGGCGGCGUCCCCUCUUCGAAAAACAACGAGGAAAACAUGAUCGACAACCCGUACCUCCGGCCGGUCAAGAAACCCAAAGUGAGGAGGAAGAAAUGAAGCACCUGAAUCCACAGACUCAGAUUAGCCACAGUGGUUUGUUCUCUCAGCAGACUGGGAAUACUGCUGCUUCUCCUCCACUCUGGGAGCAGACUGACGCUGGCGUUUUGUACACUGACUCACCUCCACUGAAGAGAACUUGUUUUUGUGUCAACUUACAUUUUUUUCAGAAAGCACUCACUUUGUUUAAAAUGUGUAUUCUGUCAUUUUCUAAGAAGCAUCAGAGUGAAAUACAAACCCACCAGGAAUGAGUCGUUUUGUUAAUAAAGAAAUAUACGUUUCUUUUUGUUAUUCCA